CCCACAGCGGACAUGGCUGCCCGUGCUCUCCGCAGGGCCGUGGGCCCCUCUCCGUGCCCUGCCUGGAGACAAGCUCAUGCAGUAGGCAAGGGACGCCUGAAGCCCGAGUACGACGCGGUGGUGAUAGGAGCAGGACACAACGGGCUGGUGGCUGCGGCGUACCUGCAGCGGCUGGGGGUGAACACGGUGGUCUUCGAGAGGCGCCAUGUGAUCGGGGGCGCAGCUGUCACCGAGGAGAUCGUCCCAGGGUUCAAGUUCUCCCGAGCGUCCUACCUCCUCAGCCUGCUGAGGCCACAGAUUUACACCGACCUGGAACUGCAGAAACACGGGCUGAGGCUUCACCUCCGAAACCCGCACUCCUUCACCCCCAUGCUGGAAGAGGGCGCGGGGAGCAGGGUGCCCAGGUCCCUGCUGCUGGGCACAGACACAGCGGAAAACCAGAAGCAGAUCGCACGCUUCUCACAGAAGGACGCCCAGGCCUUUCCCAGAUACGAGGAGUUCCUGAGCCGCUUGGUCUUAGCGAUUGACCCCUUGCUGGACGCAGCCCCUGUGGACCUGGCGGCCCUCCAGCAGGGCCGCCUGCUGCAAAGGCUCAAGUCGCUGUCCACCCUCACGCCUCUGCUGAAGGCAGGCCGCAUCCUGGGAGCGCAGCUUCCCCAGUACUACCAGGUGCUCGUGGCUCCCAUCUCCAAGGUGCUGGGUCACUGGUUUGAGUCAGAGCCACUGAAAGCCACUCUGGCCACAGAUGCUGUGAUUGGAGCCAUGAUGAGUCCCCAUACUCCAGGAAGUGGGUACGUGCUGCUCCACCAUGUGAUGGGGGCCCUGGAGGGGAGGCAGGGCGCCUGGGGUUACGUCCAGGGUGGCAUGGGCGCCCUCUCUGAAGCCAUCGCGAGCUCAGCCACCGCCCACGGAGCCAGUAUCUUCACUGAAAAGACAGUGGCGCGGGUGCAGGUGAGCGGCAAAGGCCGGGUUCAAGGCGUCGUGCUGCAGGAUGGCGAGGAGGUGAGGAGCAAAGUGGUGCUGUCCAACGCAUCGCCGCAGAUCACCUUCCUGAAGCUGACGCCGCAGGAGUGGCUGCCCGAGGCGUUUGUGAAGAGAAUCUCUCAGCUGGACACCCAGUCUCCCGUCACCAAGAUCAAUGUGGCUGUGGACAGGUUGCCCAGCUUCCUGGCAGCCCCCAACGCACCCAGUGGUCAGCCGCUGCCCCAUCACCAGUGCUCCAUCCACCUCAACUGCGAAGACAUCCCCAUCCUCCACCAGGCGUUCGAGGAUGCCGUGGCCGGCCUGCCCUCACGCAGGCCUAUGAUCGAGCUCUGCAUCCCUUCCUCGCUGGACCCAAUGCUGGCCCCGCGCGGCUGCCAUGUCAUCUCCCUGUUCACUCAGUACACGCCCUACACUCUGGCUGCAGGCAAGCAGUGGGACGAGCAGGAGAAGAAUGCUUAUGCAGACCGAGUGUUUGACUGCAUCGAGGCCUACGCCCCUGGCUUCAAGGGCUCCGUGCUGGGCAGAGACAUCCUCACUCCACCCGACCUGGAGAGAAUCUUUGGGCUCCCUGGAGGGAACAUAUUCCACGGCGCCAUGUCCCUGGAGCAGCUCUACUUCGCCCGGCCUGUGCCCCUGCACUCCAGCUACCGCAGCCCCCUCCAGGGCCUCUACCUCUGCGGCAGUGGGGCCCAUCCUGGAGGAGGUGUCAUGGGAGCCGCAGGACGAAACGCAGCCCAUGUGGUCUUUGAGGAUCUUAAGAACAAGCGAGCCUGAAGCAGCUCUGUCUAGGAAACUCGCCCCCACGAGGAUGCCACUUGAGGUCGCCGAGUGCUCAGGCUCCAGCCACCAUCUUGGAAGAAGCGUACAAUUUGCAUUUAGUGCCUGCUAACCAGUGCCCCACGCCUCCAUGGGUGAACUGGGUGCAUUUUAUUAAAACCAGCGUUUAAUACAGA